AUGCUAUACAGUGGCAGACCGAUCUCUCCCAAUUGCUGUAAUGCAAUUGCCGACAUCUACUACAACAGUAAUUGUGGGCUUUAUAAGCCCUACACAAAUUUCUUUCUGCAGGGUAAUUAUUAUUGUUCUCGUCAUUACUAUUUUUAUAAUUUUCCACGCCAUCCUCAAUAUCCUCCUCCUUAUUAUUUUCCACCUUGCCCUCAUUACCCGCCCUCUCCUCUUCCUCAUCCUUCUCCUCCUACCCUGCCACCCCCUCAUCCUUCUCCUUCUCCUCCUACACCGCCGUCUUCUCAUCCUACUCCCACAACGCCGCCUUCUCCUCCACCCCCUUCCCAUCCUCAUCCUUCUCCUCCUACACCGCCCUCCUCUCAUCCUACUCCCACAACGCCGCCUUCUCCUCCACCCCCUUCCCAUCAUCAUCCUUCUCCUCCUACACCGCCAUCUUCUCAUCCUACUCCUACAACACCGCCCUCUUCUCGUCCUACUCCCACACCACCGCCUUCUCCUACUACCCCGCCCUCUUCUCAUCCACCUCCCACAACGUCGCCUUCUCCUCCUACACCUACACCGCCGUCUUCUCAUCCUAAUCCUACAACACCGCCUUCUCCUACUACACCGCCGCCAAGUAAGAGUAACUGUAGUGAGAUAAUGCAACGUCUUAAUCCAUGCAUUAACGAGAUGAUAGCAUACAAUAAUCGAGGGUCCAGUCAAAUAAGCUCGAUAUGUUGCGACAUUAUUUUGCAGGCUUCUGAUUCAUGCAACACUGCUAAUGGUUCGUAUUCAUGGUCCGUCUCCAUUUCUGGACCUGCCUUGGAUUACUGCAGGAAUCAUCACUAGUUAUAUUUCAUUUAGUUUUUGUUUGUUUUCUUUUUAGUUUAGGAAAGAAUAAAUUUAUUUAGUUAUUUUGUUUUGUUUGUUUUCUUUUUAGUUAAGGAAAGAAUAAAUUCAUUUAGUUAUUUUGUUAUUUUUCCAAAUUACGGUGGAAUUUAGUUAUAUUUUUUAGUUUUUUCUAUUCAUUUUUUUAAGAUUUGGAUUGAUUUCUGUCUUCUUAUUUAUUUGUUUUUUUUUUAAAAUUUAAAUGGGGUUUCAGUUUAUA